UUCAUUUUAGCCACCCCAAUAAUCCUACCAACAAAUCCCCCACAACUCCAUUAAAAAAUAAAAAUCUCCUCAUUUUCUCUCUCCUCCCUUUAAAUAAAAUCCCCAUCAAUGGCCACAAACCACCACACCAACCACCGUCCACCACCACCAACACGGCAGCACAAAGUCUGCUUCUCGGUCGCCGCCUACGCGAAAACCGUAAUCACCUCCCUCAAAACCUCCAACAUCCACGUGGCAGCCGGACUCACCAACGACGAAAUCACCACCGUAGAAUCCGCCGGACAUUUAACAUUCCCCUCCGACCUCCGAUCAAUACUCUCCGAAGGCCUUCCUGUGGGCCCAGGCUUCCCCAACUGGCGCUCCUCCUCAACCUACCAGCUCCGCCUCCUCACCGCCCUCCCUAUCAUCUCUCUCUCCCAAGAAGUUUCUAGAAACAACUUCUGGGUCCCAUCUUGGGGCCCUCGGCCCACUAACGAGGAUCAGGCCCAGUCAUUGGCCCAACAUUUCCUCUCCAAGGCCCCGUCCCUUGUCCCCGUGUUUCGGCACUGUUAUAUUCCGGCUGAGCCCAAUUUGGCGGGAAACCCCGUGUUUUACGUGCAUGGGAGUGACGUCAGAUUAUUGAGUGCUGACGUGGGCGGGUUUUUUAAGGAAACGGAGUUUUGGAGAAAAGACUGCGUUUGGAGGACACGGAGGAGUAACAAUAAAAAUAAUACGACCCCAGCGUGGGCCCAAGAAGCAAGACGUGUGGAGUUUUGGACCGAGGCAGCAGCGCGUGAGAUCGCGUGUAGUAAAUGGUGGACCGACGAGCUGAAUGGUUGUAUCGAUGAGGUGAUGUGGCGGUUGAGGGAUGGAGGGUGGGCCGAGGAUGACGUGAGGGAGAUGAUGAUGAUGGACGGUAAAGGUCAUGGUCGCGAUGAAGGGGUGGUGUCCACGUGCGUGAAAGCAAGUGGGGUGAGUGGUAAGGAGGGUGCUGUGAAGCACGUGAGGAAAAUGUCGCGGGAGUUGCUGAGAGGUGGUUGGAGUAUAGACGACGUCGUUUAUUCGUUGAGUGAUGAGUGUGGAGAAAUAGAGAGUGGGAUACUUGAUGAUGAAGCUUGGGUUGAGUUGAUAACUCCGUGAUUUCAUGCAAAAAAUGAUUAGCAAAUCAUAGAAAAGAAUUUGGGGAAAAUGUUUGCUUUUUGGUGGGAUUUUAUUGGGAUACAAUUUUGUAAUAUUCUAGGAUCGAUCAUAUCAUAGGUUAUAAAAAUAUAUGGACCCACAUGUAGAUAUAAUAAGUCACAUAGAUUUUUGAUGUUUGUUGAUUUCGUCUUUCUCUUUUUGUUUUAUUUUGUUUUUAAAAUUAGAUGUAGCUUGUUUCAUUGUAUCUUUGAUAUCUUAUGAAGUGGCCACUAUUACAACUACUGUAUAAGCUAUCUCAUGAGAUUUACAUGUAGAACAAUAUCAUGAUUUUGUAAAAUAGAAGAUAGUAAUCAAUAGCAUAU